AUGCAGUCGAUUCGCUCCAGAGCCUUGCCCUUGGGCCAUGGCCUAUGCAGUGCAGGACUGCAUCUCACUCAACCUUCUCGUUCCCAGUUCCUUCGUGGAACAUCUCUUCGACUAACCUCACAGCCUAUCCGAAAUGGUAGCUCCACAGCUUCGCCCGAGAAAGCCUUUCAAGAGCGGGUGCAGGAGAUCAAGAAUGCCUGCGCAGACCCCUACCCGCGUCUGGCGGUGGACCCGCGCACCCUGAGCACUGCCGAGUUUCGCACUCGAUACAGCCAGCUGGCCGACAAUGAAUCAGUAGAAAAUGACACAGUUGUUGUUUCUGGUAGACUCGCCGGGAGCAAAUUGAUCUUCUUCGAUCUCGUGCAAGAUGGCCAUAAGCUGCAGGUGAUGUGCAACAAACGCCGGCUGGACGCUAUUUCACCGGAGCAGUUUAAAAAGCUCUAUCGUCUUCUGCGCCGUGGCGACGCUUUCUGUAUGUUUUGCUCGCGUCUCUCCCUCCCUUCCCUUGCUAAAUCAAUCUGUAUAGCCGUAACCGGUACACCGCACCGCACCGGUCGAGGCGAGCUCACCAUCGAUGCUACCGAGUUGCCUCAGCUGCUGUCGCCCUGUUUGCACGAUGUCCCUGUUCACGAUGCCUCGCACGAUACCUCCUCCCCCUUCCCCCGCCAUGUUCGGUUUCUCGCCGAUCCCGCCGCCGCGGAUAUCAUCCGGGCUCGCUCUGCUCUUACACAGUAUCUCCGUCAGUUCUUUCUUGAUCGGUCCUUUAUGGAGGUUAAUACCCCGAUCAUUGGGUCUGUAGCCGGCGGCGCCAUUGCUCGCCCGUUCUACACGUCUGCUACUGAGUUUCCCGAGCGCCAGCUGUCGCUGAGAAUUGCGCCGGAGCUGUGGCUGAAACGGCUGGUUGUGGGAGGGUUCGACAAGGUCUUUGAGAUUGGGCCGUCGUUCCGCAAUGAAGGGCUGGAUAAGACGCACAACCCCGAAUUCACCACCUGCGAAUUCUACCACGCGUACGCCAAUCUCGAGAACCUGAUGACCAUCACCGAAGACCUGCUCUCCGGCAUGGCAGCACACAUCCACGCCCACAACCAAGAGGGCACCCUCCAGCCAACAGCCGCCAAUUUCACCGCACCCUUCCGACGCAUCGACUUCAUCCCCGGCCUCGAAGAGCAACUAGGCCGCAAACUGCCAGACCUCGACGCACCCUCAGCCCUCGAAGAACUACACCAACUCUUCCACGACCAAUCCCUCCCCAUCCCCGAGAACGCCACCCUCCCCCGCUUCCUCGACGAGCUCUGCGGCACAUACCUAGAGCCGCAAUGCACCGACCCGACCUUCAUCACCCACCCGCCCGAAUGCCUCUCCCCGCUCUCCAAGUCCUUUGCCCACCCAACCACCAACCAGCGCGUCGCGGCGCGCGCCGAGCUCUUCGUCGAGGGUAAAGAGCUCAUCAAUACCUACGAGGAGGAGAACUCACCGUUCGAGCAGCGCCGCAAGUUCGAGGACCAGCUGCGUUUUGGCCACGAUGCGGGCGAGCCGGGUGAGAUCGAUGAAUCGUACCUUGAGGCGCUCCAGUGGGGUCUGCCUGCUACUGGGGGUUGGGGGUGCGGUAUUGACCGGCUUUGUAUGCUGUUUACGGGUGCGAAGCGUAUUGGGGAUGUGUUGCCGUUUGGGAAUUUGAGGGCUGUUACGAGGCGGCCUGGUGGUGGCCUGUCGAGUAGCGAGUGA